ACAAAGUAACACUAGAUGGGAAAACAUACACGCUGUCCUUCAAACCUUGGAUGAAUGAUUUUCAAUUACAAGAGUGGAGGGAGGCGAUGCGCUUCAAUUAUUUUUGGAUUAAAUGUUUGCAUAUCCCAGUCUCAGUGUUACCACAAAUUGAAUGCGCGGUAGAAGAUGCCUUUGGACGGAAUUUAAAAGUUUAUCCAGCAUUCAACGACCCCAACUCCCCGGAACUGUUGAAUAUCCGAUUUGACCUGGUGGCCUCGGCAAGACUGCGUUUCAAGCCAUGGCUGUGCGUGGAUCUUGCAGAAUACGGCUACCUGGAAUUGGAAAUCAUUGGGGCAGAUACACCAUGGUGUUCUGCGUGCAGACAGUUCUACCACUUUGUGGGAGACCCGUCGUGCCCGAAGAACAAAAAUCGAAGCUCCAAUGGGCAGGGAGGGCAAAAUGGAAAUCGUAAGGGACCAGGUGGGCCCUUGCAAGGAGGUGGGAGUAAGCGAAAUGAAGAAGAUGGGCUGGAGAAGGGAGCUGGUGAGGAGCGACAGGGGGGGAAGCAAGGGGACAAGGAGAAGGAGGGAGAGAAAGAGAAAGAGGAAAGGAACUCACCAGAGGGGGUAAGGGAAAAAGAAGGAAGAAAGCGGGGGGUAAAGGACACCCGGUCAGAAGAAAGGAAAAGGGACAAGGGUAAAGGUCAACGUAAUGAUGUUAGGAAAGAGAAAGGCGCUCUGGGCAGGAAGCGAAGAGCGGUGGGGAGGAAACCGCUGAAGAAGAUCUAUCGACAAGUGCGCAGAGAGCCAGUCAAAGAGAAAGAGGAUGCCCGGAAUGACACGGAGAUGGAAGAUGCCACAAGGAAAGAAACAGAGACAGAGAAGGAGGAAGAAUGGGUAGUGGAACAGAAAAGGCAAGAAGCUGGCAAAGGAGAAGAAUCGGGGAUCAUCAUUGUCGAUAAGGCGGUAGAAAGAGAAAAUGGAACCUCGGACCCCCUACUAUUACAGGAAGUUCAGAACGAGGGGAAAGAUCCGCGGUAUGAGGAAAUGGAAGUACACCAGAUGAAAGAAGGGGCAAAAGAGCAGACCCCUUCCCCCGAUAGAGAUAAAAGUGAGUCUUCAACGACUAAAGGGGGAGAUAAAGAGGGCGAUCACGACCAGUUUCAGGAAAUAAGAUCGGAAGAGGAAAGGUCGGAUACGUCCGAGGACUCUGAGGACUUCGAGGAGGAAAUAGAAGAAGAAGAUGGGAAAGGCCCCAAAGGAGGGGGGGAGGAGGAGGUUGGAGAUGACGAGGAUGGGGAAGACGAAGAGGAAGAAUAUGAUGGGGGUGGGGAAAAUGGGGAUUCUGACACAGAUGAAGAAGAAGUGGCGAAAAUGGGACUGCUGGGGGUGGUGGGAAAGGCGUUGUCAGGGGAAGAGUGGAAGGAAACCGAUGGUAGGGAGGGGAAGGAAGCCGUGGAUGAGGACGAAGAUGAUCUUAGAAGCCUGAUGACACCAAAACCCCAGGAUUCUUCUUCUCUUAGAAAUUUUAAAAUCUACACAAAUGAGUCCUACGUAUUCAAAGCAAAUAAGCCCAGUACCGAGUCAAGCACACAAGGUCAAACGGAAGCGGAAGAGAAUGAGACGGUCAGGCACGGGAUGGAGCUGGCAGUAGUCGUCGAUCAGGGGCCUAACGAAAAUUUGGGAAAAUCCCUUGUACAAAAGGGUAGGGUCCUUUUGACAGACGAGGGGGGCGGUCUAGAAUCACCCUCCAAAAGAACUAAGAGAAACGACAACUCUGGGGUAGGAACAGCGAGGAACCUGACCUGGGAUCUCUAAAAUAAAGGAAACCCAGGGGAAGAAUUCAAGGGCCGAAAACGUACUUUGCUGUACAGAACUCUGAGAAAAGAGUUGUCGGGAGUAGGUCCUAUGAGAACCAUUACGAGAGCCUUAAAAGACAGCGGUCCCACUAAAGAGUACUUGACCCCACUGAUAUGCUCUGUCACAUCUAACGGAAUAAUGGUUCUCACACGGAUAACACAGAAUGAGGGGCUGGAACUGCCAGCCAUCCCCAUUACCAAUACUCCUUCGGAAGAGGAGGCGGUGGAGCUAACUAAAAGGCAUGUGCUCAACCACAUGGGAACAGUGGCCCGCAUCCCAACAAUCAAAAUGAACAGACACCUAUCGA